AUGGCUUCUCCGUCUAUUACCAUCGAGCGCAUCCUGGCCGCUGUGCCGGCCACCACGCGCGGUCAGCCCACGCAGCUGUCCGCCGAUUCAAAGGGCCAGCGGAUAGCUUACGCGUCUGGCAAGUCCAUCUUUGUCCGCUCAAUCGACAACCCGGCCGACUGCAAAGAGUACACCGGCCACACCGCCCCCACGACCGUCGCCCGCUUCGCGCCGAAUGGGUUCAAGGUGGCCAGCGGUGACGCCAGCGGCAUGCUGCGCGUCUGGGAGCCCGAGAGCAUCGAGAGCACGAGGGGCGAGUAUGGUAUCAUCUCCGGACGCCUGAACGAUAUUGCCUGGGAUGGCGACUCACAACGCAUCAUUGCUGUCGGUGACGGCAAGGAGCAGUUUGGACGCUGCAUUACGGCCGACAGCGGCAACUCGGUCGGCGAGAUUAUUGGCCACUCCAAGUCCGUCAAUGCGGUUGCCAUGAAGGCCCAGCGUCCGUUCCGAGCAGCCACUGUUGGUGACGACGCCAACAUGGUUUUCUACCAUGGAGCUCCCUACAAGUUCAAUGAAAAGAACUCGAUGCACAAGGGGUUCGUUCUUGGGGCCGCGUACUCGCCUGACGGGAACACGCUGGCGACGGUCGGUGCCGACAAGAGGAUACAGCUUUACGACGGAAAGACUGGUCAGCCUACGAAGCAACUAGGCGAUGGAGAGCACACCGGCAGCAUCUUUGCCCUGUCGUGGUCCCAGGACGGCAAGAAGUUCGCCACGGCCAGCGCGGAUCAGACUGUCAAGCUCUGGGACGCUGACGCCGGCACCGUCAUCCAGACCUGGAAGUUUGGCGAUGGUGUCAGCGUGGCGGAUCAACAAGUCGGCGUCGUCAUCCCGCACGGCCGAACGGAUGGCCUCAUCAUCAGUGUCAGCUUGAGGGGCGAGCUCAUCUAUCUCAACGAGGGCAAAACAGAGCCCGUCAAGAUUGUGCACGGCCACAACAAGGGCAUCACGGCGCUGACCCCUUCCUCAGACGGCAAGGGCAGCGCGGUGUGGACCGGAAGCUUUGAUGGCCGAGUUUGCAGCUGGGAUGUGGCUACAGGGACCGCUGCGGUCGUCGAUGGCGAGCCUCACACCAACCAGGUCGCGCAGCUUACCGGUAGCGCCGGAAAGAUCUAUAGCGCCGGCUGGGACGAUACGUUGAAAAUUGUUGACGAGUCGGCCAAGACGUUUUUGGGACAGUCCAUCAAGCUCUCUGCGCAGCCGAAGGGUGCGAGCGCAGGGGACAAGAUCGUAUACGUCGCCACCGUCUCUGGCAUCGCGGCGUACAGCAACGACGCUCUCCUAAAGGAGACCUCCCUCAGCUACACCCCUGGCGCCAUUGCGACUUCAGGUUCUUUCGUGGCGGUCGGGGCGGACCAAAACUCUGUCCGCAUAUAUAAAGCCGACCCCAGCGGCGGCCUGGAGCAGGUCCAGGCGAUUGCCAACCCUACGGGUACCACCUCCGCACUGGCCUUUUCCAAAGAUGGGUCGCACCUCGCCGCUGGCAACAGCGUCGGCAAGAUUUACGUCUACAAGACUGGCUCUUGGGAGACGGUUGCCGACAGGUGGUCAGCCCACACUGCUCGCGUGACGUGCAUCGCGUGGGAUGACUCGGGGGCGUAUGCCGCCAGCGGCAGCUUGGACACCAACGUGUUUGUCUGGUGCCUGGAGAAGAAGAACCAGGGCAAGAGGAUCAAGGCGGCCAACGCCCACAAGGAUGGGGUGAGUGGCAUCAGCUGGGUAGAGGGAGGCAAGGUGGCAAGCGCCGGCGGAGACGCGACCGUCAAGAUCUGGAACGUGACGAAUCUGCCGUAG